CGCUCUCUUUUUUUCCCUUUCUCUCAUUCUCUCUCGGCACAGUAUUCCACCGAACUGAAGAAACUCUACUGCCAGAUCGCCAAGACCUGCCCCAUCCAGAUCAAGGUGAUGACGCCGCCACCCCAGGGGGCCGUCAUCCGAGCCAUGCCGGUCUACAAGAAGGCCGAACACGUGACCGAAGUGGUCAAGCGGUGUCCGAAUCACGAACUCAGCCGGGAAUUCAACGAAGGCCAAAUUGCUCCUCCCAGUCACCUCAUCCGCGUGGAAGGCAACAGCCACGCGCAGUACGUGGAAGACCCCAUCACCGGGAGGCAGAGCGUCCUCGUCCCUUACGAGCCACCCCAGGUUGGCACCGAAUUCACAACCGUCCUCUACAAUUUCAUGUGCAACAGCAGCUGCGUCGGUGGCAUGAACCGACGCCCCAUCCUCAUCAUCGUCACGCUGGAAGCCAGAGAUGGGCAAGUCCUUGGUCGCCGAUGUUUUGAGGCUCGGAUCUGCGCCUGCCCAGGCCGGGAUCGCAAAGCGGAUGAAGACAGCAUUCGGAAACAACAGGUCUCCGAAGGCACAAAGAACGGUGAUGGUACGAAGCGCCCUUUCCGGCAGAGCACGCAUGGCAUCCAGAUGACUUCCGUCAAGAAAAGACGCAACCCAGACGAUGAACUCCUGUAUCUCCCAGUUCGAGGCCGGGAAACCUACGAGAUGCUGCUGAAGAUCAAGGAAUCCCUGGAGCUCAUGCAGUUCCUCCCCCAGCACACAAUCGAGACCUACCGACAGCAGCAGCAGCAGCAGCAGCAACACCAGCACUUGUUGCAGAAACAAAACUCCCUGCAGGCUCAGCCUUCCUACGGCUCCAGUUCCCCCCCGCUCGGCAAGAUGAGCGGCAUGAACAAGCUGCCAUCCGUCAGUCAACUCAUCAACCCCCAACAACGCAACAGCCUGACCCCCACCAGCAUCCCUGACAGCAUGGGAGCCAACAUUCCGAUGAUGGGAGGCCACAUGACGAUGGCGGGCGACAUGAACGGGCUCAGCCCCACCCAGACGCUGGCCCCUCCCCUCUCCAUGCCGUCCACCUCCCACUGCACCCCACCUCCGCCCUACCCCACAGACUGCAGCAUCGUCAGUUUCUUAGCGAGGCUGGGCUGCUCGUCCUGUGUGGAUUAUUUCACUGCGCAAGGCCUGACCACCAUCUAUCAGAUUGAACACUACUCCAUGGAUGAUCUGGUGAGCCUGAAGAUCCCCGAGCAGUUCCGCCACGCCAUCUGGAAGGGCCUCCUGGACUACCGGCAGCUGCACGACUUCUCCUCCCCUCCGCACCUCCUGCGCACGCCCAGCGGCGCCUCCACGGUCAGCGUGGGCUCCAGCGAGGCCCGGGGCGAGCGGGUGAUCGACGCCGUGCGCUUCACUCUCCGCCAGACAAUCUCCUUCCCUCCCCGCGACGACUGGAACGACUUCAACUUCGACUUGGAUGCGCGUCGGAACAAGCAGCAGCGCAUCAAGGAGGAAGGGGAGUGAAGCCCACCCCCCACCUCCCCUGCGCUCCGGCCAGCCCCAGGACCCUCCCCACCCCGAGGGUCUCCCCACUGCUCUGAUUUCUGUUCCGACCCCUCUUCCCCGAAUCGGCGGGAGGGGAGCCGAGCGGCCUGCCACAAACUCCCCGCAGCUUUUGACCUUCAAGCAGUUUCUGUGCUUUGGCUUAAAAAGCUGGUCGUUGUGUUGUUGUUGUUUUAAUCAAUCACAGCUCGGGGGGGGGGGGGUGCGAAUGCGGGCGGGUGUGAGGGCUGGGUGGCUUUUACAGUUAAGAGUAAGGAAGGCACCCCCCCACCCCCAAAAAUGGAUCCUUUGUCUGGCAAAUUACGGCUUUCCAUAUUUUUGGGAGUUAAGCAACUCUUUAGCCGACUUGAGUGCGUCUUAUUUUUUGUUGUUUUCAGCCACAAGUUGUGGCCUGGCCUUUCCUAGAAUAUUUGCGUGGAUCUCUUGCUGAAUCAAUCGGUGUCUGGUGCUUUGGGAUCCUCACUUCAGAGCAGGGUGCGGGGUCCGAUCUUGGCAACUUCAAGACUCGUUGACUUCCCACUCCCAGAAUUCUUCCGCCAGCCAUGCCUAGGUCUUUUCUUACGCCUCCUAGUGUGGAGAGACCGCAGAGAAAGGGAUUAUAAGAGAGUUAAACAGGCCAAAGUGGGGAUACACAUCAAAAAGAUGUGCAUUCGUGUCCUGGAAUUCUGGAAGCAAGGAAGGAAAGGAAGAGACGGAGGGGAAGUUGUUCAACUCCGGGAGUUGAAGUCCACAAGUCUUAAAGUUGUCAGAGUUUAAAAACAAAGUCACCGAUUGGCCAAUGCUUUGCUUUUGAAUUUUCAAAUCGGAAGACGAGAACUUUCCAGAUAAGGCAGGCGGGAUGUGGUGGACAUUGGUGAUUCAGCAGCACCCUGGUCCCUUCCGUUGCAGCCACAUGGAUAGGAUGGUCCCUUCUGUGCAUUAAGGAGAUGACCGUUGAAUUUAUCGGAAGCCGAGUUGCUGGAAAACCAUGUCUUUGCGUUUGAUUCUCACAAUCUUUAUGGAUUGUUGCUUUGCACCAGAGAAAUGGAUGCUCUGUUUAUCUGUCCUUGUUUUUUCACCCUAGCUGCAAUACCCACAUAGGUGUAGUAGCCACACCACGUAGUAGCAACAGCCUCUAGUAGCAAUAGGCACCUAAGUGCUGGGAAGCGAGAUGCUAAUCCGAGAUAGUUGGAAUCCCCUGGGAGGAAGUUUAAGUCGGUCAUGCAGGUUGGGGGGGGGGGCUUCUCCCACUGGCCCAGAAUCCCCCAGGGGGUCUGGAGGAGAAACCACGAUUGUGGCUUCUUUGCUCGCGCUAGUGCAAAGUCCAGCUGGGAGAGCCACGCGGUCAGCUCUGCCCCUCAAGCCGUGGCCCCCUUUCUGAGUUGAAGGGCGGUUAUAUGUUCAGAAUUUUAAGGUCACGUUGUAUUUCCUGGGUGGGGUGAUGAGGAGGAGGGGCCCUCUAGGAGGGUCGCUUGGGAAAUGGGGGGGGGGUGUCUUUCCUUCUGUUGGGAACGGCCCCGAUCCACAGCUUGCCAGAUCUUUCUUUGAAGCCAGGAGAUCCCUUAGCAGCUCACCACCCCACCCCCCUUGGCUUCUCUUGAUCAUUUCAAUGUAGGGGGUCUUUGAGGCUGUUUUAUCAGUCUUUCCUUCCUUCCUCUCUCACUUCUUUCUUCUCUCUGUCCUCCUUUCUUUCUUCCUCCCUCCCUCCCUUUUUUCCACCAUCCUUCCUUUCCCUUCCUCCUUCCUCCCUCUUUUUUUCCCCUCCCUACCCCAUUCCUUCUUCCCUCCCUCUCUCCCUCCUUUCCUCUAUCUAUCCCUCCUUCCUUCCGGCCUCCUACCAUUCCUCCUUCCCUUCUUUCUUCCUCCCUACUCCUCUCUCUCCUUUCCUUUCUAUUCCUGCCUCCCUUCUUUUCUCCCUCUAUCUCUCCCUUCCUCUUUCCUCCCUCUUUUUUCCCCCUCCCUCCCUCAUUCCUUCUUCCCUCCCUCUCUCCCUCCUUUCCUCUAUCUAUCCCUCCCUUCCUUCCGGCCUCCUACCAUUCCUCCUUUCCCUUCUUUCUUCCUCCCUACUCCUCUCUCUCCUUUCCUUUCUAUCCCUCCCUUCCUGCCUCCCUUCUUUUCUCCCUCUAUCUCUCCCUUCCAUCCUUCCUCCCUCCUUCCUUCCUCUCUCCCUGUUCCCCUUUCCUUUCCUUUCUUUCCCUUCCCCUCCUAUUUUCUUCCUUCCAUCCACGCCUAUUUCCCAUCCUUCCCUCCCUCCCUUCCGCUCCCAACUCCUUCCCUUCCUCUUCCUCUUCCUCCACCUCGAUUCAACCUUCAGGAAGGUGAAUUUCCAAACGCAGGUGCUUUGCAAACCUCAAGGACUUUUGUGAAUGAAAAUCCCUUUGCGGGCUUUGAAAAAUGUGGCGUCAACCUUUCCUGUCCAGCCUUCGCUCUUUUUUGCCUUCCGCUCCUCCAGUCUGUCUGAAUCCCAGUUCCUCCUCUGCCUUCUUCUUCCUCGGUCUUCCUCCCGCCGCCAGCCUUGCAGUGCUGGCCUCCCAUUGCCUAACCCACCGCAGAUCGGUCCUUUUACCAGUUUUGCCUUCGCUCGUCAUCAGGAAGUUUAAAAAAGUUUUGUAAGUAGAGAUGUUGUGUUGUAUGUAUGUUGUUGUUGUUGUUUUUGUAACAUCCUAGAAUCUUUUUACAUCAGUUCUUUUUUUUUUUUUUUUGUAUCAUUAUUGUCUUUCUUUGGGGAAAAUCGGGGUGCCUCAGAACCACAGUUUUCUUUGCAUUUUUUUUAAUUAAAUUGUUUUUUUUUUUGUAUGGGAAAAAGCUUGAUUGCAACCUGCUAUGGAUGGAGAAUCCUCACACUAUUUCUGCCCCCCACACACACAGAAAGGGGGGAUGGGAUGCAGUCAGACCCCCGCGAGGGAAGUGGGGGCGGGGGAGAGAAAGGAAAGAAAAGAGGGGGGCUUGACUUGACUUCAAGAGUCCUAGAUUUCAAAGUUAUUUUAUUUGUGUCACUUCAACCACUGUAUCUACAGGUUGUUCAUGACUUGUAAGAAGUAUUAAUUUGACAAAAAAAUAAUAACAACCACUCUCUUGUCAAUGCCAGUGUAAAUAAACCACGUUAUAAAAGCCACAUUAAAUGUU